AUGUUUCGCAUCUACAACAUCUACGCGCUCGCCGCCUUUGGCACCAUUGGCGGCAUGCUUUUCGGUUUCGAUAUCAGUUCCAUGAGUGCAUGGAUCGGUGCCGACUCAUACAAAGAAUUCUUCGGUAACCCGAGUUCGACCCUCCAGGGCGGCAUCACGGCCUCCAUGUCUGGUGGCUCCCUAGUCGGCGCUCUUAGCGCUGGUUUCCUAGCUGAUUCAUGGGGCCGUCGCGGCGCCCUCAAGCUCGCCUCAGUCAUCUGGAUCAUCGGCGCCGUUCUCCAAUGCUCCUCUCAGAACGUCGCCCACCUCAUAGUCGGCCGUGUCGUUUCUGGUCUGGCCAUUGGUAUCACAAGUUCGCAAUGCUGCGUCUACCUCGCCGAGCUCGCUCCCUCCCGCAUCCGUGGCCGUAUCGUCGGCAUCCAGCAAUGGUCAAUCGAAUGGGGUGUUCUCAUCAUGUACCUUAUCUCUUACGGCUGUGUUGUCAGCAUCCCCAACGAUCCCAAGUCCUUCCGCAUCGCUUGGGGUAUUCAGGGCAUUCCUGGCCUCAUCCUCGGCAUUGCUCUUUUCUUCUUCCCCGAAUCACCUCGUUGGCUAGGCCAGAAGGAUCGUUGGGAGGAGUGCCAUGAGGUUCUCGCUCAUCUCCACGCAGGUGGUGAUCGCGAGGCUCCCAUUGUUCUUGCUGAGCUCGACGAAGUCAGGGACGCUGCCCGGGUGGCCGCCGAGUCCAAGAACGUCAGCUUCCUCGGUCUUUUUGGCCCGCGCGUCUGGAAACGCACUCUUGCUGGAUGUAGCGUCCAGGUAUGGCAACAGUUGCUCGGAGGAAACGUCAUGCUCUACUACCUUGUCUACAUCUUCAACAUGGCCGGCAUGGCCCACCACCACAAGCCGUAA